AUGGACACCCAGACGAGCACACGCGACGGUGCCACAUUGUACGUGCUCCGACUGCCACUAUCUUCCGUGUCGCAGCUCAGCACCGCGACUCCAACAAGCGCAUCGGCAUCGGGACGUGAGCGUCACCCGAGUCUGUCUGCUCGACGCCGGUUCUCGGACUUUGCUCGGCUUCGACACGAGGCAGAAGCAGCCUCGUGCAUGAACGCGCACUUCCUAUGCCAGUACUGCCGCCAGCUCCGGACGUACAUUAGGUUCCACGCCGCCCAGCCACUCUGGUUCGUGCGCGUUGUGACCACCAAGAAGCAGCGCAAAAAGAUCCUCGAGCGUUUUCUAUCAGACCUCGUGGACUUUGCACAGUCACGAGCUCAGCGCGACCGACACUGUCGACUGCGCCAAACAUUACCUAAGCUCAUAGAGGAUUUCCUAAGCAACUAA